CCCUCGGGAAGCAGUGCUUAUGCCCCGAGCCCACACACUCAUUUAGUGUGAUGUGGCGCGAUGUCGACGAGGUGCGGCACCUGUGAGGUGUCCACUCUGUCAAACAUUCCCCUUAAGAGGCGUUGGAUGUGCGUAGUUAGGUCCUCUAUACGGAGGUCCUUGGUGAUGGUGGCGUUGCAUACGCUUCACGGGGCAUCAACGAUCCGCCGCAAGGUUGUAUUUUAGAUCACGUGUAGGUGCUUCUUCUGGGUGUACGAAGUGAGUGUGUAUCAGGCCGGGGUCGCGUUAUUGGCUCUAACGGUCGCGUUGCACGUGCACGUUGUAGCGCAGACCUCUGUCUAGUGAUAUACCUAGGUACGUAGCCUCCAUGGCCCACAGGAUCUCCGUUCCAAAGAGCUACGGUUGCGGUGGUUUCUUGCCCAACGGGAAGCAAAUCGCCUGGUUUUUGUUGGUUUUGGUGUUGACCUUCAGUCGUCCAGCCACUCAGGGAAGGCGACCAGUGCCCUCUGUACCUCAUCUUGGCGUGCGAGUAGAGCGUGGGCGCUAGACAGCGGCUUUGGAGGUAGAAAUAGACAAGGGCUCUAAGCCUUCUGGAGAGCUCCAUUGUCUUCAAUUUCUCCACUAGGACGGCGUGCCCAACUCUGUCAAAGUCUUUUUCCUAGCAUAGUUGAGUUCUCCGCUGGGAAGCCGAAUUGUUGGGGAAAUGCGAAUGUGAGGUCUUCGAACAACUUGCACUGCGUGGAUAGCAGGGAAGUGGGCAUGUUUGGCAAUGGCAGUGUACAGAAGGCAAGCAUACGUUUGGGUAGUUGACGCAGGGCUGGAUUUGGUAUGCCGUUAGGCCUAUAGGCAUAUUGCUUCGACGUGGCCACUUGCGCUGUAGAUAUAGCUGCCGUCAGACCUUUUCAAGAGCCUGACUAGGUCCCGUUAUCCAUUAAGGCUGCCGCAUAGUCUGUGGAGGAUCCUCAAGGGCACGGCGCACCUUCAACGCGAAGCGAUUCAGGUCCGACUUCUGUCCGAGUGGGCAGUGAGGGCGCUGCGUUCAGUUUUAUCUGGUACGCGCCGCAAUGACCGGUUGUGAACUCAUAUGUAAUCUGUAUCUCAUAAUAAUGAAUAAUCUUUGUAUUUUAUUCUGAAUUGGCUUAUAGGUCUCGUUACCAGGGCAUACAAUUAAAAAAAACUGAAUUUAAUAAAUAUAUAAUAAUGAAAUGCGAAUGUCAUACAAAAUCCAAAUAUUUACAUUUACAAGUUAUUUUGAAACUGUAAACUAACUAAAAAUUUAUUUUAUAGUUUAUGCUGUUUUUUAAGAAACGACAACAAAUGAAAACGUAACUGUUGGUCUGGUUUUAAAAUGGAAGAGUCCUAUUUCAAUUUAAAACGCCAACUUGAAGAGCUUGGUUAUAAGAACACAUUACCAGUAGAUGCAGUUAAUUUAGUAGAAUGUUUAUUAGGUGACUUAUUACAGACGACUAGAAGUUUACAGCAUUACAUGAAUAUUUCCAAAGAAGCAUUGUUACAGCGUGAUUCAUUGUUAACACAAUUAGAACCGUAUAAAUGUGACAAUACCAAACUUAUUCAAGAGAACAAUCAACUACAUCAUGAUAUUAUUAAUAGGAAAGAGGAACAUUUAAAAUCAAUGCGAGAAAGUCAAAAAAAAAUUAAGUCUCUAACAGAGGAGCUGCUUAAAAAGGAAAACUUGAUAAGCAAAUUACAACAUGAUGUAAGAGAUUUAAGUUUAAGAGGAUUAUGCACUGAAACAUUAAGUAGCCGUAAUCGCAGUAAGAGAAAAGAUGCCGGAGAUAAUGCUGUCUAUAAAAGUUGUAUGUGCAACAAUAAGAAUAUUAAUUUAGAUAAAGAAAAUAUGACAGAAACAUUUAGCACUAUUCAGACACUACAAGAAAAAAUAGACUCAUAUAAUGAUGAAAUAAUCCUUCUUAAAAAUCAAGUGGAACAUAGAGAAAGUGAAAUCAUUAGACUAAAAUUACUUCUGGAGGGUGGUAGACCCAGUGCUGCAAUUACAAAAGAUUUUUGUAGUGAUAAACCUGAAAAAAAAAUUCUAUAUUUAAAGAAACAAGUUAAAGAAUUAGAUAUUUGUAAUGAAUUGUUAAAGAAGGAACUAGAAAAGAGCCUUGAGAAACAACAUGAAGCAAUGCAGCGAGCUUUAGAUCUGGCGGAUAAAAAUAAAGCCCUGAAAGAUGAGUUACAAAAUAUGGAUUUGUUGGCAUUAAAAGUAGAAGAUGAUUGUAAUAAAAGACUUGUAGAAUUAACUAAUGAAAUUACUUUUCUACAGACAAAAGUUGAAAACUUAAAUACCAAAAAUUUUAUUUUAGAGAGAGACUUAACAAGCUUUCAGGAAAAAGGAUCAUUGAAGUACACAAAACAUAUGAGUGAAAAUGAAAAAACCAUACUACAGAAAGAAAUAACAGAUUUAAUGGAUUUAAAUAAAAGUUUACAGGACAAAAUAUUGAGCUUAUCUGAAACUAAUAAAUUUCACCAGGACAAACUUGCUAAAAAUAAUAGUGAUAGUCCAAAAUGUCUAUCUAAAGGUGACCUCCAAAAGAUACUGGAAGAUGAAAGAAGGAAAUAUGAGAAAUAUAUUAAAGAUGUACAAGAAAAACUCAAUGAAACCAUAAACUUAUUUAAGUGCCAAUUAAAAGAUGAAAAAACUUCUAGUCAUCAAUCAGAUAAUGCUUUUAUAAAAGACUUACAUAGUAAACUAUGUGAAAGUGAACAAAAAAUUUUGAUGUUGAAGAAAGAGAAUGAUGAUCUUAAAAAAGAUAAGCUCCUGCAAGAAAACGGUAAUAAAAAUAAUUUCAAAGAUAUAAUAAAACAUUUAAAUUUAGAAAAUACUGAACUAUCCAAAGAGAACAUAUUUUUGAGCCAACAGCUAAGCCAGUACAAAGCUAGCAAAACUGAAGGCUUUGAAAACAAUAAUUACUUGAGUGAGGAAAACAGCAGGUUACAGAAUAAGAUUGGUGGACUGAUAAAAGACUUAGAUGAAUCAAAAAUGGAAACUCAGAAAUAUAAAGCCCUAUACAAAGAGUUAUUAGAUUCUUGUGAUAAACUUAAAAGAGAUUUAAUUUUUAAGCAAAAACAAUUAGAACAAAUACAAGAAGAAAAUUGUUCUUAUAAAAUGACAAAUAGAACAGGCAAAGCAUCAAGUGAUAGACUUAGAGAAGAGUAUUAUACUUUGAAAGAGCAGGUAAAAAAACUACAAAGUGAAUUAAUUAAAGAAAAAACUUUAGCUAGUCAAAUAAAAAACAUACAGAUGGAAACUGAAAGAAGUACAACUGAAUCACAAAAUGAAUUAUUAAGCACUCAAAAAAAACUUAGUGUAGCAAAAGUUACAAUUGAAAGCUUAGAGAAGAAAUGUAAAGACUAUCAAGCAGAGUUGUGUGUGCUUAAGAAUGAUAAAUCAAACCUAAUUGAAAACAUAAGAUUAUUUGAUCAAGAACGUGAUAAACUUGUAAUUGAGCUGGAUCAGAAGGCAGAAAAUACAAAUAUGUUGGAGCAAAAGUUAAAAUCUCAAUUAUAUGACAUUAGUAAAUUAGAAAAUGAACUUUCAGACUUUAAGCGUAAGUUAAACAUCAAUAAAAUUGCAGAACAUAAAAUAGCGGAUUUUGAAUCACAAAUAGCCUUCUUAAAUGGUGAGAUUCUGAGAUUAACUCAACAGUUUGAUACAGCUGUGAUAGAAAAUAAACAUGUGCAAAAUAGUUUAGCAGAUGCAAAUGGAGCUCUUAAGCUUACUAGAAUUGAAUUAGAGAAAUCACGAAAAGAAGUUGAUGAUUUGAAACAACAAUUGCAGCAUUAUGUUGCUGAAAUUAGAAGAAUUGAAGAAUUACUGUCUCACAAAGAGGCAGAACGUUCAGAUAUGCUAGAACAUUUUGCCAGCCUAUCUGUUGAGGCAAAUAUUUUAGAAAAUACAAAUCAUUCUCUUGAGAGUGAGUCAGCCUCAAAAUCCAUUAAACUGCAAUCAUAUAUUUCAAAAAUACAAGGUCUGGAAGAAAAAGUAAUUGACAAGGAUAGAGAGAUUGAUAGCCAAUUAGCUUGUAUUACUUCUUUAAAAUGUAAAAUUAGUUCCUUACAACAAGAACUGAAAUUGGUUAGUGAAGAAAAAUCUGUUUUAGAAGAAAAUAUAGAAUACCUAAAGAAAAUGUGUCGUAAUCUAAAAAGUGAUCAAAAAAAUAUAAGGAUGGAUGAUGUCGAUUCUGAAUUGAAGCUUUAUGAAAAUAGAAUUAAAAGUUUAUCUAAUGCUAAAUGUAAGCUGGAGUCUGAAAAAAAAGUGUUAACUGAAAAAGUAUUAACAACUGAGAAUUUAUUAUCUAAUGCAAGAAGAGAAAUUAUUGAAUUAAAACUGACUUUACAAGAUGCCACUUCUGAAACAAAAUCAUUGCAAGAGCAUGUCAGUAUAUUUAGUAGAAGGGAGUCUGAUAUAAAUGAGAAUCCUUUUCAAAGAGAAGAGUUAGCACUACCUCUUGUGCUGGAUGAUACUCUUCAUGAAAAUAGUAAUGAGGAUGAUGACAGUGCUCAUUUUGAUGACAUACAAAAUAAAUAUAGCACUAGACAUGGAAGCACAUUAUAGUUAUAACUUCAUAAUUUAAAUAUAGUUUAUUGGAAAGUC